AUGGAGCACCAUGGACUAGAGGGAAGAACCAAGACUCGAUGGUACCUUGCAGCCAACCACUUCGAUACUAGUGAGGUCUGCUCCGCCCUCGGUACCACCCUCCUGAACCAGUUGUCGGUCGCCAACCGAAAGAUUGAGGAGUAA